CGUCCAGCAGCAUAGUCAUAUAUCCGGACCGGCAGACUUGAAGUUACAACACCAAGCAAGUUCAUUACGCGGGUUAAUAUUACUUCAAUUUUCAUCUCUACCAGAAACAGAUUCAGCGAUGUGCUUGGCUGUAUGACCCGACAACGAACUUGUAUUUUCCGUUAUUAGCUUGCUUGAGCAUCAUUAUUUCUGUGUGGGUUGCUAUUGCUAUCGCAGGGUUAUCACAGAUUGAAUUGCCUAACUUAAAAAUCACCGCAAUUAAGCUUCUCCAUCAACUUUCCUGUCUAUGAAUCUUUCGACUCCUUCAAAAUUAGUUAGCUUGCCAAUAGAACAGAAUAAUUGGCAGCUGUAAACCGAAUUGCUCAACAUUUCCAUGGAGGAGUGCAGCGUCUGGAAGCAAAAAAUGGAGCCCUAAAAUGCCCGAAUCUGUAUUGAAAUAGGGGAGAAGUCUCUAAACAUGGCUAAGCAGUCGGUGGGAUGGAUCACGUUUCAGAAAAGAUGGCUUUUGAUGCUUCUCGUUGUAUUUUCGAUCUCGACAGCAAUCGUGUUCGUAAUCAGAGCCGCACUCGACUCGUGCGAUCGGCAUUUCGAAGAUGCAGACGGCCGGAUUCACUUAACCACGCAGAUCAGUAGCAUUUCAAAUCCGCUCGGUUUCAUGAAGUCGAAGCUCGUUCUUCUGGUUUCACACGAACUUUCUCUUUCUGGUGGACCAUUAUUGCUGAUGGAGUUGGCAUUCCUAUUAAGAGGUGUCGGUGCUCAAGUUGUUUGGAUUACUAACCAAAAACCAAUGGAAACAGAUGAAGUAAUAUAUAGUUUAGAGCAUAAGAUGCUGGACAGAGGAGUACAGGUCCUUUCUGCAAAGAGUCAGGAAGCCAUAGAAACCGCUCUUAAAGCUGAUUUGGUUGUUUUAAACACUGCUGUUGCUGGGAAGUGGCUUGAUGCUGUUCUCAAAGACGAUGUUCCUCGUGUUCUUCCAAAGGUUUUGUGGUGGAUUCAUGAAAUGCGAGGGCAUUACUUCAAAUUGGAGUACGUUAAGCACCUCCCUUUUGUUGCAGGUGCUAUGAUUGAUUCACAUACAACAGCAGAAUAUUGGAAGAAUAGGACAGAAGAGCGUUUACGGAUUAAGAUGCCUGAGACCUAUGUUGUUCAUCUUGGAAAUAGCAAAGAAUUGAUGGAAGUAGCAGAAGAUAACGUGGCCAAAAGGGUUCUCCGGGAGCAUGUCCGAGAAUCCCUUGGAGUUCGAAAUGAAGAUCUACUUUUUGCCAUCAUUAAUAGUGUUUCACGUGGGAAAGGACAAGAUUUAUUUCUCCGCUCCUUCCAUGAAAGCUUGCAGCUGAUCCAACAGCAGAAGCUAAAGGUGCCAUCCAUGCAUGCUGUUGUAGUGGGAAGUGACAUGAAUGCUCAGACCAAAUUUGAAACAGAACUUCGCAACUUUGUAAUAGAGAAGAAAAUUCAGGAUCGUGUUCAUUUCGUUAACAAAACACUUACUGUAGCUCCAUAUCUUGCUGCAAUCGAUGUGCUUGUACAGAACUCUCAGGCUAGGGGAGAAUGCUUUGGUAGGAUUACCAUUGAAGCUAUGGCAUUCCAGAUACCUGUAUUAGGAACGGCUGCCGGAGGCACCACAGAGAUUGUAGUUAAUGGAUCAACAGGUUUGUUGCAUCCUGCUGGAAAAGAGGGUGUCACACCUCUUGCAAAAAACAUGGUUAAUUUUGCCACACAUGUUGAAAGGAGGCUGACAAUGGGAAGAAAAGGAUAUGAAAGAGUAAAAGACAGGUUUUUGGAACACCACAUGGCACAGAGAAUAGCGUUGGUUUUAAAGGAAGUGUUGCACAAGGCCAAGGGCCACUUUUAGGUUGCAAUGCCUGAGCCCCUCUACCAUCAAAUGGAAAAUUUAACAUUCUUGAUUUUAGUUCGGAAAGUUGGGAGUAAAUCACUUUUAAGUGCUAGUAUCUGAUACUUCCCAAAUUAGGUUGUAUGACUUGUAUCAUUUUUCCCUUCAUCAUUUCCUUUAUUUUCUUCUCUUAUGGUUUGAAAUUAUGUCUGUACAUAAAGAAAUGUUUCAGCAGUCAAUUUGUUCCAAGUCUCAACUUCCACAUCA